CCCAAGCGAGAAAUUCUAGGGAGUGAGGAAUGGAGCUUUUGGUUGGGGUGAUGUGUGUUUCAUUCAUGUGAGCCCUCGGAAAUAAGGCUUGGUGGGACACCAAAUCGUGGACAUGCCACGUAUAUUUUUAUUUUCGUUUCUCCAAGUUAUAAAGCGUUGGUAGGGCGUCAAGAACAAGGCGAAGUGGAUGUCGGCGUGAGGAAGCCGCGCUCAGCCAUACCAACCUACGAUGUUCACUUGCUGUUUGUCGGAAGAAGCUAUACAGCAGAUUAGAAUCAACCAAGAGAUUGAGAAACAGUUAAAAAGAGACAAGAGGGAUGCGAGGAGAGAACUCAAACUGCUCUUGUUGGGCACUGGUGAGUCGGGCAAGUCGACCUUCAUCAAGCAGAUGCGCAUCAUCCAUGGCGUGGGCUACACGGACGAGGACCGGCGCGGCUUCACCAAGCUCGUGUACCAGAACAUUUUCAUGGCCAUGCAGAGCAUGGUCAACGCCAUGGAGAUGCUGAAGAUCGACUACAAGAGCCCCGAGAGCAGGGAGCGGGCCGAGCUGGUGAAGGCCGUCGACCACGAGACGAUCACGAUCUUCGAGGAGCCGUACGUGUCGGCAAUCCGCGAGCUCUGGAAGGACGCCGGCGUGCAGCGCUGCUACGAGCGGCGCAACGAGUACCAGCUGACCGACUCAACCAAAUACUACCUGACCGACCUGGACCGGAUAGCCUGCCGCGAUUACCUGCCCACGCAGCAGGACAUCCUACGCGUGCGCGCGCCCACCACCGGCAUCGUCGAGUACCUGUUCGACCUGGACUCCAUCAUAUUCAGGAUGGUGGACGUGGGCGGGCAGCGGUCCGAGCGGCGCAAGUGGAUCCACUGCUUCGAGAACGUCACCUCCAUCAUCUUCCUGGUGGCGCUCAGCGAGUACGACCAAAUCCUGUUCGAGUCGGACAAUGAGAACCGCAUGGAGGAGUCGAAAGCCCUCUUCCGCACGAUCAUCACGUACCCGUGGUUCCAACACUCGUCCGUUAUUCUGUUCCUGAACAAGAAGGACCUGCUCGAGGAGAAGAUCAUGACCUCGCACCUGGUGGACUACUUCCCCGAGUACGACGGUCCACAGCGGGACGCCAUCGCCGCCCGCGAAUUCAUUCUGAGAAUGUUCGUCGACCUGAACCCCGACGCCGAAAAGAUAAUCUACUCGCAUUUCACUUGUGCAACAGACACGGAGAACAUUCGGUUCGUGUUCGCCGCCGUCAAGGACACCAUUCUCCAGCUGAACCUGAAGGAAUACAACCUGGUGUAGGCGGCGCCGCGCCGUCCACGAGCUAGUCAUUGCUGAGCCAACGGAGCUUGCGUCGGGCGAGGACGGACUAUGCUUUGCGCUUUCACAUCUGGGUGACUGGGGCGAGGGCUUCACUGGACGGGCGCUGGCGCGGACCUCCGCUGACCUGGUGUGACGGACCGCACGGGUAGGCCGCGUGCGCGCGCGCGCUCGCCUACGCCGCGGCCGCCGGCUGCCCACUCUUGUUUUCACACCAUUCCGUAAUGCAGAGGCCGCGAGAGUUGAGCGCGAGUGCACAAGUGUAGUUUUAUCGAGGCGGGCGGCGGGUGCCGUCCCCGCUGAGCGCCGGUUGGCUGGUCUCUCGUCCAGGCGCGCCCCGAUUGGUUGAAUUUGAUCCCCUGUUGCUGAUUGGUCAGUCUCGUCCAGCGCGCAUGUCGGUUGAUUGGUCUCGCUCUAUUGCGCGCGUGCUCACUGGCAGUCGUCUGCGUCAAUCGACGCCGACGCCGCGAUUGGUGUUCAAUCCGGCGCGGAUUCGACGCGCUGCGGGCGGCGCGCGCCGACUCGGCCGGCAGAGGGCCGCCGCCUGCUGUCGCGCCCGGCCGGGCUGGGGCCGCGUUUCGUUUUUCUGUGUGCCAAAUGUGCUUCAGUUCUCCCUGUGCUCCGUGCGGCAGGCGGCGGUGGGUGGGCGCCGGCGCCGCGCGUGCUGUCGGCGCCACGCCGCUCGGCCGCCGGCGCCGGCGGCGCCACGUUACCGUCACCGCCUCCGGAGUACAGAAACGCCAUCGAGUCCCGGAAUUGCGGCCGUUCUACAGAGGUUUGAUUAUCAGCCCGAUGCCUUCCUUGUUUUUUAAGAUUUGUUUAUUUAUAUGUUGUGCGUCCGUGAUCGUGGAGUGGCGGUCUGCGAGCGUCGCCGGGCGUGGCGGAGUCUGCACAACACACCCGCACACCGCUGGCCGCCCGGCCGACGCCGGCCGGCGCCAGAGCCGCCCGCCGACGCCAGCCGGCG